AUGAGUCUCCUGAAUUUUUUUCGGAAACAGUCACCACAACCACCCACACAGUCGCAUGACCAACCCAAAAACGUUGACGAGGGACCAAAUAAAAAGGCAAGGAUAGAGCGAGUGCGAAAAUUUCAAGAUUCUUGGAAGACUGGUCGAGACUGGCUGAAGUAUGAUGCCGCCAAAAAAUCAAUGUUUUGUACGAUUUGUACAAAUGGAACAUCGGCAUUUGCAAGCAAUGACGGUUGUACGAAUUUUCGCAUUGAAUCAUUGCGAAAACAUGAAUCAAGUAGUAUUCAUCGUAGAGCAGUACAGAAAGUUGUCAUUGAAAAAAGCUCAAAUCCUCGUCCACUUGUGAGUUGCGUGAUGAACAUGGAUCAAACGCAGUACCAACGACUUCAAAUAAUAUUUCGUACCGCAUAUUACCUUGCAAAAAACGAGAAACCGUUUUCCGAUUUUGCUGAUCUUCUGACGCUUCAAGAAAUCAACGGUGUUAAAAUAGGUAACACUUAUCGAAACGACAAGCAGGCUGCUUCUUUUAUUGGUUUUAUUGGCGAGUCCAUACGCCGUCAUGUUGCCGACAGCAUAAAUGAAAGUGGACUGUACUCAGUAUUGAUUGAUUCGUCAACAGACCGUGCUGUUGUGGAGGAGGAAAUCAUUUACGUCCGUAUGUUAGAAGACUGCCGUCCAGUCACUAAAUUUCUCAGCCUGCAAGCAAUGCCUCGAGGUACUGCGGAGUCCAUAAUUACGGCGAUCGAUGCAGGUUUUCGCGUUGAAAUGGGGUUAGGAGGAAACGAAUGGCGGGAGAGACUGGUAGCUAUGGCUUCCGAUGGCGCGGCCGUCAUGGUGGGGAAUCGAUCCGGGGUUAUGACACGUAUUCGCCAAGAUGUGCCCCACCUCGUCAGUGUCCACUGUACAGCACACCGUCUUGAAUUGUGCCUGAAGACAGCUCUAAGGCAGUGUCGUAAUUUUUCCCACAUUGAAGAUUUUUUAGUUCAAAUUUUUAAAUUUUAUAAUAAUUCGCCACGUAAUCUUGCAGCUUUGAGAGAGGCCGGUAACGCUCUAGGGGUUGCCGUGUUGAAACCGACAAAUGUAGUUGGAACGCGAUGGGUAGACCAUCACAAGCGUGCGCUGGAGGCAAUCGAUCGAGACUGGAAGCCGCUUGUUACCCACCUAGAGGAUAUCGUAACCCCAGGAAGUGAUCAUACAAAUGAUUCGAAAAUAAAAGCCAAGGGUUUUUUGGAGAAACUCACCCGAAUGCAGUUUAUGAAGUUUGUUUAUAUACAGCUUGAUAUUUAUCGUGUUCUAAGUCGCAUGUCACUCUUAUUCCAGCAAAAUGACACUUCAAUUGAAAGUGUAGUGUAG